CAGGGCCCGCCCCGGCCCCGCCCUCCAGGACGUCCCGUCGGGAAACCUGCGAGCCGCACGGCGGAGAGGCUGCGGCUCUGCCUUGGCGCGACAGGGCAAAUAAAAGGAGCAAAGGUGAACCUCACUGCAAAGGACCACAAGGCAAUGCCAGGACGAGAGAAUUGGAGUGACCUGGGUGAUUCUGAGUGAAUCAAUCAGGGAGGGCUUCCUGGAGGAGGUGCCAGCGUCUAUAUCCGUCUCCUGCUUGCAGGUGGCCCCGGACCAAGGACUGCCCUUCCCCCGGUUCAUUGCACCCCCUUGUUUCUGGGAUCCGCUGAGGCCCCUGGGUGUAGCCGCUACACCCUACCGAGCUAUUUCCAGUGUCGGGCCCCCCGCUCAGAGCUGACCCAGCCAGGGUCCCCGUGGGCUCCCGAGGAUGCGGCUCUUCCGCAGACGCCACAUGCCCCUGCGCCUGGCCAUGGUGGGCGGUGCCUUCAUGCUCUUCCUCUUCGUCCUGCACCGGGAUGUAAGCAGCUCGGAACGGGCCACCGAGAAACCAUGGCUGAAGUCAUUGGUGAGCCAGAAGGAUCACGUCCUGGACCUCAUGCUGGGGGCUGUGAACAACCUUAGAGAUUCGAUGCCUAAGCUCCAGAUCAGGGCUCCAGAGCCCCAGGAGACAGCUGUCUCCACAAACCAGUCCUGCUUGCCUGGGUUCUACACCCCAGCUGAGCUGAAGCCCUUCUGGGAACGGCCACCCCAGGAUCCCAAUGGCCCUGGGGCAGAUGGGAAAGCAUUUCAGAAGGACAAGUGGACCCGCCUGGAGACCCAGGAAAAGGAAGAAGGCUAUAAGAAGCACUGCUUCAACGCCUUUGCCAGUGACCGGAUCUCCCUGCAGAGGGCCCUGGGGCCAGACACCCGACCCCCUGAAUGUGUCGACCAGAAGUUCCGCCGCUGCCCCCCACUGCCCAGCACCAGUGUCAUCAUCGUGUUUCACAACGAGGCCUGGUCCACGCUGCUACGGACCGUGUACAGUGUACUGCACACCGCCCCUGCCGUCCUGCUGAAGGAGGUCAUACUGGUGGAUGACGCCAGCACUGACGACUACUUAAAGGAGCAACUGGAGCAGUACGUGAAGAAGCUGCAGGUCGUGAGGGUGGUGCGGCAGGAGGAGCGAAAGGGCUUGAUCACCGCCCGGCUGCUGGGGGCCAGCGUGGCCCAGGCGGAGGUGCUCACCUUCCUGGAUGCCCACUGUGAGUGCUUCCAUGGCUGGCUGGAGCCCCUCCUGGCUCGCAUUGCUGAGGAAGAGACGGCGGUGGUGAGCCCAGACAUCGUCACCAUCGACCUGAACACUUUUGAGUUCUCCAAGCCCGUCCAGAGGGGCAGAGUCCACAGCCGUGGCAACUUUGACUGGAGCCUGACCUUUGGCUGGGAGACUCUCCCCGCCCAUGAGAAGCAGAGGCGCAAGGAUGAGACCUACCCCAUCAAAUCCCCGACGUUUGCCGGCGGCCUCUUCUCCAUCUCCAAGUCCUACUUUGAGCACAUCGGUACCUAUGAUAAUCAGAUGGAGAUCUGGGGAGGGGAGAACGUGGAAAUGUCCUUUCGGGUGUGGCAAUGUGGGGGCCAGCUGGAGAUCAUCCCCUGCUCUGUGGUAGGCCACGUGUUCCGUACCAAGAGCCCUCACACCUUCCCCAAGGGUAUCAGUGUCAUUGCUCGCAACCAAGUGCGCCUGGCUGAGGUCUGGAUGGAUGGCUACAAGGAGAUUUUCUAUCGGAGAAAUAUGCAGGCAGCGAAGAUGGCCCAAGAGAAAUCCUUCGGGGACGUUUCGGAACGACUAAAGCUGAGGGAACAACUACACUGUCACAACUUUUCCUGGUUCCUGAACAACAUCUACCCAGAGAUGUUUGUUCCCGACCUGAAGCCCACCUUCUAUGGAGCUAUCCGGAACCUCGGCACCAAUCAGUGUCUGGAUGUGGGUGAGAACAACCACGGGGGGAAGCCCCUCAUCAUGUACACCUGCCACGGCCUGGGUGGCAACCAGUACUUUGAGUACACAACCCAGCGGGACCUUCGCCACAACAUCGCAAAGCAGCUGUGUCUACAUGCCAGUGCUGGCACUCUGGGCCUGAGGAACUGUCACUUCACUGGCAAAAACAGCCAAGUCCCCAAGGAUGAGGAAUGGGAAUUGACCCAGGACCGGCUAAUCAGGAACUCGGGAUCUGGUACCUGCCUGACAUCUGAGGACGAAAAGCCAGCCAUGGCCUCCUGCAAUCCCAGUGAUUCCCACCAGCAUUGGCUCUUCAGCUAAGCCUCGAUCACCCCCAUGGGAGUUCCCAAGGGGAACCAAGCCUCUCAGGAAAUAGGAUUUUGGGGAACUUGAUAUUUGAGAACCUGAUUAUCAGCUUCUCUAUAGGCCUUAAAGAUGGAUUUCUAAACCCAGUGGAUAUCAAAGCAGGAUCUUACUACUUUUGCAACACAGGGCCCAUUUUCCUUCCUCCAUGCUGAUGAAAGAGACCAUUGGAACAUAUGACACUUGGCCUAGAGCUUGCCUCCUGUCCUUGAAACAGACUUCCAAGCAGAGAAGGCUGCCUGGGUAGGGCCCAAGGCAGCAAUGCUGAAUUCAAGAAAAGUCCUUGUGCAGCCACGUCCUGAGUCCCGGGUCGUGUGGAGCACCCACAGAACUAGUGAGGUAGUACCUUCGAACAGAGAGACUAGAGGUCUACAGGAGUCUCCUUGACAAUAUUGCCCCAAGUUUCUAGAGCCAAUUAGUUUAUAGAAAGCACCCCGACAGAAAUCCUUUAUCUUCUUUCGUCUGCACAGUAACCCUGUGAGAAAGGCCGGGAACCACCAGGCCCAUUUUACAGGUAAGAAAGCAGAGGCAGAGAGAGAGAAAGGGGCUUGUCUGUAGUCCCACAGCUAGUGGAUGGCGGGAGCCAAGACAGACUUGAUUUCGAAUGCUGAGCCAGAGCUCCUUCCACCACACCACAAGAACACUAGACACCUCGCCAUCAGCCUUCACAUUCUCUCUUCCCUCUGUGCUGAUCACUUCUGGCUGGCUGGCCUCCGUAGAGCCUAGAACAGCGGUGCCAGGUAGCCAUGAGGGAGACCACAGUUGGGGAUCCUGGGAUGUUAGUGCUGAAAGCAAGCUCAUGCAGCCGGUGAGUCUCAGGUCUCAGUCCCAGAAGCCUUUUUCCAAUGCCCCAUAUAUAACAUAGAUGAAAAGCCAACUGGCAGUGGGCGAAGUUGAGGGCAGGUGAGGACAAUGCCCAAUGGCCCCUGAACUUCUAAAGGUCUGUGAGCACCAUUCGGAACUGUUCUUUCAGCCCAACGCUAUCGUUUUCGUGUAACCUGAGGCCAGGUAACUAAUUUGUCCAACACCACACGGCAAGGUAUUGGCAACUGGAGACCAGAACCCGGAUGAGACUAUCAAGAGCCCUGGGCAGUCUGGGGAAGCGGGGACCGUGUGGAGAAUGGAGCAUGACUGCAGAAAUGGCCUCAUCUGCUGUACCCGCAUGCAGUUCCCGCGUGGAGCAGACCCGACACGCAUGUCAGCUCUUCUCCAAGCAAGUUGGACCUCACCACGCCUGGCCACUUUGCCUGAAAGAGAGAGCCCAGCUUCCUAGAGGAGGAGUCACAUUCCUUCCGGAAGGGCUUCUGACUUUUGGUAGCAGGCUGUCAUCUCGGGCAUCACCACAUGAGGGCGCGCUGGGACCACAGCCGCCUCUCCCUGCACAACUCCACACUGCAGGAGGUCUCCUAAAUUCCUUGAGCUUUCACGACCCUGUAGGGGAAACAUUCCGAGGUAGCCCAGCCAGAGGGAGAGGAGAGAGUGGCCAGGAUAUGGCUAGGGGUGGGGAAAGGAAAAAUUCUUUGCUGGAAAGAGAAUUGGACUUGAGAUCCCAAUGAAAAUAAAGGUCUUAUGGCAUUGGUAAAGGAGACUUGCCUUUGGUUCCUCCCACCUCAACACUGUCCCUUAGCUGAUCCUUGGGCAAAUCCGUUGAUUUGGGCUGUGGAGAGCCACACGCAUCUGAAAAGUUCUGUCACAUCAUUGCCUCUUGUCCCCAGACGUCCUCUGGCCCCCGAUCUAGCCCACAUACUGUACGUCAAGCCGACGUAGACAUGAGGAGAUGUAAGAUGAGACUCUUGCCCCAUGGAACUCACUCUUGCUAGGGAAGCAGAAGGAAGCAAGUCAGGACAAGCCUGGAGGUGUUCAGAGCUGUGCUAGGUGACGUGCAAAGAACGAUUCCUUCCAUCUAGGGAAAUCGGGGAAGGCCUCACAAAGAUGGUAACAUUUGAUCUUUGGCCUCAAGGAUGAGUCCUGAGGGGGCAUCUCACACUAGCACCGAUCUAGAGUGAGAAAAGUCAGAACAAAGCUACAAGUGGCUCUGCGAAGCCAAGGGGACAUCGGGGCGAAGGAGCAGUGGAUGCAGAAGCUGGAGGGCUGGGGCCACAUUAUGACUUUCAUGGGACCUAGGCCCUUUUGUCUUCAGGAAAAAUUCCUUAAAUUAUGUUUUACAACUGCAUUGGUAUAAAGAUGAAUAUUGGCUGAUGGUA